UUUCACAAUUGAUAUUUCUAUUUUUCUACACAUUUCAUCGUCUUUUACCGAGUUUUGUCAUGGGUUUCGGUGAUUUAAAAGUAAAAUCUGGUCAAAAGGUUUUAAAUGAAUACUUGGCUGAUAAAAGUUAUAUCGAGGGGUAUCAACCAUCUCAAGCAGAUUUCAUAGUAUUUGAAGCUAUGGGAAAUGCACCCAGUGUUGACCUUAGUCAUGCACUUCGGUGGUAUAAUCACAUUUUGUCAUAUGGAAAUGAGGCUGCCAGCUUCUCUGGACCAAAACCAUUAUCCUCUUAUGGACCUUCUGUUUCAAAAUCUAAUGAUGAUGAUGACGAUGAUGAUGAUGAUGAAGAUUUGUUUGGCAGUGAUACCGAAGAGGAAAAGGCAGCUGCUGAAAAGUUAAAAGAGGAACGAAUCGCAGCCUACAACGAAAGAAAGGCAAAAAAAACUGCUGUGAUUGCAAAAUCUAAUAUUGUUAUUGAUGUAAAGCCUUGGGAUGAUGAAACUGAUAUGGCUGAAGUUGAAAAACUUGUCAGAAGUAUUGAAAAAGAUGGUUUGCUUUGGGGUGCAAGUAAAUUAGUCCCACUGGCCUAUGGUGUAAAAAAAUUACAAAUUUCUUGUGUUGUUGAAGAUGAUAAAGUUGGCACAGAUGAUUUGCAAGAGGAAAUUGCCAAAUUUGAUGACUUUGUUCAAUCAACAGAUAUUGCUGCCUUUAAUAAGGUGUAGAUAACACAAUUAUAUAAUUGAGCCAAUAAAAAUUGACCUAUAUUCAUAA